UGUGGUGUGAAAGCAAGUCGUUGCCUCCAAGUUUGCAUUUGACUAGAUACAAACAACAUCUUCCAGAUUCUUUUUGAAUGCUAAGGGCUUUCUACUGCUGUAAUGGAAGAUCCUCUGGAAAAUUUUUUCAAUUUCUCCACAGAAUCCACUGAAAUGGAACCCAAAUCUGUCUUUUCUCAGAUGGAGCAUAAUAUUGUUGCAGCGUAUUUGAUAAUGGCAGGAAUAUUAAGUCUACUCAGCAACAUAGUGGUAUUAAUUAUGUUUGUUAAGUUCAAGGAGUUCCGCACAGCAACUAAUGCAGUAAUUGCAAACCUGGCUUUCACUGACAUUGGGGUGAGUGCCAUUGGCUACCCCAUGUCUGCUGCUUCGGAUCUGCAUGGUAGCUGGAAAUUUGGUUAUUCAGGAUGUCAGGCAUAUGCAGCUCUAAAUAUCUUUUUUGGGAUGGCAAGCAUUGGACUGCUUACAGUGGUUGCAAUUGACCGGUACCUGACCAUUAGUAAGCCUGAACUAGGUAAAGCCAAUAGUCGAAGGAAGAUGACUGCUGCUACCUACUCGGCUCUCAUUCUAGUUGCCUGGGUGAACGGUCUGUUCUGGGCUCUCAUGCCAGUACUUGGAUGGGCAAGCUAUGCACCUGAUCCAACAGGAGCCACUUGUACCAUUAACUGGAGGAACAAUGACUCGCUAUUUGUUUCCUAUACAAUGACUGUAUUUGUGGCUAAUUUUGUGGUGCCACUAUCAAUUAUGUUCUUUUGUUACUACAAUGUGUCAAAAACUAUGAGACAAUUUGCACAGCACAGUGGUCUGGAAAAUAUAACCUUGGAUUGGUCUGAGCAACUAGAUGUUACAAAGAUGUCUGUUGUGAUGAUUGUGAUGUUCCUUGUGGCUUGGUCUCCUUACUCUGUUGUCUGCUUAUGGUCAUCCUUUGGGGAUCCAAAACUCAUCCCAGCUGCAAUGGCAAUUAUUGCUCCACUUUUUGCCAAAUCUUCGACUUUCUACAAUCCCUGCAUUUAUGUCAUUGCAAAUAAGAAAUUUCGAAGAGCCAUCUUUGCAAUGAUACGCUGUCAGACUCAACAGGAUUUAACUAUCACCCACACUUUACCAAUGACCAUCUCCCAGACUCCUUUAACAGAUUGAAAUUCUUCAAAGUCUGCAUCAUUGUGCUCUGUGAUAAGUGUCACGUAUCAUCAUCCUCAUCAGUUAAACCUCUGUUUUAUCUUCUAGUGAUGUCAAUGUUACUUUUUAUUUUCAACUGGAUUUCAGUAUAUUGCAGAAACAUUACAGGAUGGAAUUUCUGUGCAUCCCUUUAUUUAAUGCCUUCCAUCUUCAUGUGCUGUUUAUAAGAUGGUGUAGAAAGUUUUGCUACAUGAUGCACUCCCCUAAAGCUUUUGUGCAAUACAGACCCCUCUAAGUUAUUUCAAGUGAGUUUAUCUGUUUGCUAUAUAUUCCCUGUAAUGCCUAAAGCUGAAAGGGAGUUAAUCAUCAUUUUUGGAUCAUAGUUUCAAUUUUGUCACUUUUCACCAUUUUUCCUUAGAAAUAUCAUUGCAGCAUUUGGUUGAUUUCUUUGUUCUCUAUUACUCUUAACUAUAAAAAUUUUUGAGGUCCAAAACCUUUGCAUCAGUUACUGUAUUCUAAUAUAUUUAAAAGUAUUUCAUUUGUUAUUUCUUUAUGACGACAACUUGUGUAGUUUCCUUUCUUAUCCUUUCCACCUGCCCAUUAUCGGAUCUCUGUAAUUUUCAACCCCUGGAUUUUUUUUUUACGAGUAUGGGAAUGAGCAAGAAACUUUGAUUCAUUGAUUCUUCACAAUUGUUUAUUUUAAAAUUUAAAGAAAGAUGCAGAGUUUUGAAACUCAGUGAGGAGCUGAGAAGCAAAGCAGAGAUUAAAGAGACUCAAUGAAAAGAAAGGGAGGGAGAAAUAGAUACUUUAUUUAUCCCAAAGGAAAUUACAGUGUCACAGUAGCAUUACAAGUGCACAGAUAUACAAAUAUUAGAGGAAAAGUAAGAAAGAAUAAAAAAAAAGUUACCUCCAACGUUUUAACAGGAGAGGUUUCCUCACUUUUCCAACUACAGGUUGACUCAUUAUAGAAUCUAAUGGCCAGGGGUAAGAAUGACCUCAUAUUGCACUCUUGGAACAGUGCAGUUGUCUUAGUCUAUUACUAGAAGCGCUCCACUGUUCAGCCAAGGUGGCAUGCAGAGGGUGAGAAACAUUGUCCAGAAUUGCCAGAAUUUUCCAUAGGGUCAUUUGUUCUACCAUAGCCUCCAAUAUGUCCAAUUUGAUUCCUAUAGCAGAGCCAACCUUUCUGAUCAAUUUAUUGAGCCUGUUGGCAUCACCCAUGUUGAUGCCAUUGCCCCAGCACACUACCACAUAGAAGAUUGUACUGGUGACAACAGAAUGGUAGAACAUGUGAAGGAGAGGCCUGCAUACUCCAAAGGACCUCAGUCUCCUCAGGAAGUACAGGCAACUCUGGCUGUUCUUGCACACAGCCUCUGUGUUGGUGCUCCACUCAAGUCUGUCAUCCAGGUGCAUCCCCAGGUACUUGUAGGUCCUCACCACAUCCACAUCCUCAUCAUCAAUAGUAACAGGGAGCAAUACAGGCUUGGUCUUCCUAAAGUCCAUCACCUUCUCCUUUGUCUUACUGAUGUUGAUGGCACCUUUGAAAAAUCUAUCACCUUUAUAAUCCAGAUAACAGAAAAUUCCUUAGAUAACAGAAUCCGAUCGAAAGGUUAUAUAAUUAGAACAAUUAUAAUGUGUGUAAUCUGCUAGUAUUUAACGGAUUAACAACUGCAAAGGUAUUUGUAACUGCUAUACUGCCUUCUGCUAGUAAGUGGGGAUGAAUCACAUACUGUGAAAAAUACAUGAGUUUGUUAAAAAUGCAAAUUAUGGCAGUAAAACCUAUGAUUAAAACUACAAUUUUAGUCUUUCAUUAAUCCAAUUAAUAGCUUACAAAAAGGAUAUAAAAACAACCGAUUCCAACGCCAUAGAUUUCAUCAUUCUGCUCCUUUCUUCAAUGUGUCAAAAUAUCCGCAUCUUCUUCGUAACUUUAUUGUCUUUGGCCAUAACUUUCCUCAGCAUUGUUGAACUGUGUCAGAGGAUCACUGAGUGUGUAUCAAAAAGAUGUGUUGGUCAUGGUCACGAGCCCAUCUGUUGGAAACUAGGUCGCACCUCCGAUCCAAGAUGUGGGACUGGCCUUAUGUGAGGGAGUACAUUAAAAUAGGUGCAAUGCAUGAAGGAAAGAACUAACUUUGUAAGUAUUUUUUUUAAUCAUCUUAUGCAGGAAAAUAUUUGCUAUACUUGCUGCAUGGCAAAUCAUAUGAAGGGUAUCAGGAACAUGGAUGCUCUUUUGGAAAGAAAUCCAUGGAUGGACUCCACUUGUUGAUUGGAAUUGGGCCUGGUGGCUGCCAGUUACCAGUGAAAGGGGAAGAAAGGCUGCAGUAUCCAAUCAGCUACCGGGAUAAUAGGUGAACACCGGCGUGCCUCAAGGCUGUGUGCUGAGCCCUCCUCUGUACUCCCUUUUCACCUAUUACUGCGUUCCUGUACACGGUUCUAACUCCAUAAUCAAGUUCGCAGAUGACACCACGGUGGUUGGCCUGAUCAGAGGGGAUGACGAGAUGGCCUACAGGGACGAGGUCCAGCAUCUGGCCGCAUGGUGUGCCGACAACAACCUGGCCCUUAACACCCAGAAGAACAAGGAGAUCAUUGUGGACUUCAGGCAUGCUAGGAGCCACACUCACAUCCCCAUCUACAUCAAUGGAGCUGUAGUGGAACGUGUAUCAAGCUUCAAAUUCAUUGGUGUCCACAUUUCCGAUGAUCUCACCUGGUCCCUGAACUCCAUCCUGAUCAAAAAGGUGCAACAGGAGCAUCAAGAAAGCUCACCUCUGUCCCAGGAUACUGACAGACUUUUGCCGCUGUACCAUUGAGAGCAUACUCACCAACUGCAUCUCAGUGUGGUAUGGCAAUUGUCCCCUAUUGGAUCGCAAAGCACUCCAGCGUGUGGUGAAAACUGUCCAGCUGAUUAUUAGCACCCAAUUGCCCACCAUUGAGAACAUCUACCAUAAAUGCUGCCUGGGCAGGGCGAAAAGCAUUAUUAAGGAUGCAUCUCACCCUAACCAUGGACUCUUCACACUCCUCCCAUCUGGUCAGCGCUACAGGAGCCUCCACUCCCGCACCAGCAGGCUCAGGAAGAACUUCUUCCCUGCUGAACCUCACAUCACAGCGCCAAGCAGUAUUGCAUCUGUAUUGUUCUGUCUCAGUACUUUUAUAUUUGUAUGCUGUAGCACUUCUUAUUCGCAGUUAUUUUGUAAAUAGUAUUCUUUUGCACUUCUGGUCAGAUGCUAAUUGCAUUUCAUUGGCUUUGUAUCUGUACUUGGCACAAUGACAAUAAAGUUGAAUCUAAUCUAAUCUAAUAGUGGUCUUCUUAACACAGGUGGGAAUCUCAGAAGCAGGGUGAGUUUAAGAAUGUCUGGAAAUACGUCCACCAGCUGAGCUGCAAAGAAUCGAAGGACACGGCCAGGAACACCAUCUGAGCCUAAUCUUACAUCCACAAUGGUGACUGUGGGUUCAGGUGUACUGGAGGCUGUCGGUUGGGUGCAGACACACCAAUCCCCUCUUGUUCCAAGCAUGCAAAGGAUGUUUUAACCUCUUUAGAAAGGGAGGUACUGGUGUUGGCGAUGCUGCCCAACUUUGAUUUGUAGCCUGUUGUAGCACAUCAGCCCUACCACAACUAAUGGCUUGUUUGGCAUCUAAUUUUGGGCUGUUUAUGUCUCUUGGCAUCUUUGAUAGCUUUAUGGCAGUCAUAUCUUGAUUUCUUGUACAGGUCAAAGUCACCUGAUUUGAAAGCUUCAGUCCUAGACUUUAGUAGAGAGUGGACCUCCCUGUUCAUCCAUGAUUUCCGGUUUGGGAACACCUGGAUUCUUCUCUUUGGUACAUUGUCCUCAACACACUUCAUGAUAAAGUCUGUGAUGAUGGUGACAUACUUGUCUAAGCUGUCAACUGUGUGUUUGAAAAUGGAGCUGACUACCAACUCAAAGAAGUUGAGUAGAAGCUCCUCCUGUGUCCUCCUUUCCCUCCCGGCCACCUUCUUAUUCUGGCAUCUUUCCCCUUCUUUCCAGUCCUGAUGAAAGGUCUCGGCCUGAUGAAAGGUCCACCCCAUAGAUGCUGCCUGACCUGCUGAGUUCCUCCAGCAUUUCGUGUGUGUUGAUAUAGAUUAUAGAAACUCAUCAAUUUCAUCAUACCAACUCUGUAUUGGAUCCUCCUAUUUCAGCUUCUGUUUGUACGCGUGGAGGAGCACAGCCAAAGUAUGCAGGUGGAGGUGGCCCAUUAGGCAGUUCUGAUAGUGAGGUGAUAUUGUUCGAUAUUGGGGGACUUUUAUGUCUCUCUUUCUAAUUGUGUAUGAUACACUUCCUCUUCAGAAUCUGGAAAUGUUAGGUUCAGUUGUCAAGCACAAAAGUGCACAAACGUUUAGUAGAAGUGCUGAACUUUCUAUGUGAUGUUAAAGCAAGAGAACAUAAAAGAUGCUAUUUUGAAGAAAGUGGUCAGUUGUCUCCAACUGAACUCUCCCUCCUGCCCCUUGCUCCAUCUGCCUCUUUUUUUCCCCCUCCACCCACAUUUACCACCCACCUGUCUCUACCUCCCAACUGCACCUUUUCCUAUCUACAUGGCUCAACCUGCCUCUUAUUCUUCUCCCCUCUUCAGUCCACCAAUCACUUCAGGCUCCUCCCUCUCCCCUCUCAAUUCUGAAGCAGGGUUUCAACCCUAAGCUUCAACAAUUCCUUUCCCUCCUACAGAUGCUGCUUGUUGGGGUUCCCAACCUUUUUAUGUCAUGGACGGAGGGGUCUGUGGACAACAGGUUGGGAACCCCUGCUCCAGGUGAUUAUUUCAUAAUCAAGUUGCUCUUUGUGAACAUUGUAUGUACGUUGGCACUCAUUUUAUCUACUGCAUAGGUACCUCAUUAGGACUGUUUAAUUUUAAUUGUCAUUUUCUUUGCAGUUUACCAAUUAAUUAUCUGCUUAUAUUUAAGUAGCCUUUAUAUACAUGACAGUUUAAUAGUUAUACAAAGUAUAAUUUUGGAAAACUGAGCAUUGUGGCUAAUAUUUUCUCAUUAAAUUUAAUGAGAAUUUAAAUUAAAUUUGAUGAGAAUGUUAAUUUUACAGCAGUAUUGAAUAUAUAUUGAAUUGGAUUGUGUUUAUCCGUGGCAUUGCCUUACCUCUGUGUGUAACAGUAGCUGUUUUUAUCCUAGGCUUGCCCCCCCCCCCCCCCAUCACUGUUACGUUCCUGUUUUAUGCCUCAUUCCUGACUUCUGAAAGAAUCUUGGAUUUAAACAGCAGACUCCAGCAGGUACAAAGUGCUCUGGGAUGCAUUGAAAGCAGAAAAGGCGAAAGAUCCAUAAUGAUUGAAUGUACAACAAAUACAAGUCAUGUUUCACCAGCAGAGGGCAGAACAGGAACAUGCACUCAAAUUAGGAAGCUGAUUUUGAAAAAAUAAAACAUACCAAAAGUUUUGCUGAUUUGUUUUUCAGUGCAAUGACAUGUAAUCUUAACGUAUAAACUCUGUUCUUCUGGGUGUAUACUUGUAAGGGAGCUCACCUUGUCCAUUUACAUUUUUAAAAAAGCUGGACUCCUUUAUACAUGUGUAUUCAGCUUUUUUCAAUCUAUUGCACCCAAAUUUCCUGGCAGCAUAAUGACAGUUUAAAGGCAUGUCAUAAUAGUGCUUAAAAAUAAAUGCUCAGCAAUUCAUGGUUAGUAAGCAACACACUGAUGGUUACAAAACUCCAAAUUGCUGGAUGAUCUGUGACAGAUCUGUACUGUGCCUCCCAGAAACUAAAACACACUGCUAACCUCCUGAUAUAUGGAAGCAAAAUUGUGAUGUUUGUCAGUAAAUUCUCUUCAGAAAGGGUAUUGGGCUCCUUUUAUUUGUAAUUAAAUGAUA